UGAAAUAUCUAGCUACUUUCUUGCGGGUCCUUCAAUUUCUAUAGAGUUCAGAAUAGAGAGCUUGUUCCAUUCCAUUAUGGAGUUGGUGGUGGUGAGAAUGAUGAUAAUAACAAUGGCAUUAAUAAUAAUAAUGCCAUUAUAUUAUUCAGUAGUUGCUAAAGUGGACAUUGGUCUCGUGAGGCAAUUGGCUGCAAAGAACAAUGUUUCGUGCAUAUUGGUUUUUGGAGACUCAAGUGUUGACCCUGGCAACAACAAUGUCCUUGGCACCACCAUGAAAAGCAACUUCCCUCCUUAUGGCAAGAACUUCUUUAACGCCCGCCCAACCGGAAGGUUUAGUAAUGGCAGACUUGCCACUGAUUUCAUUGCUGAUGAAGCAAUGGGGUUCAGAAAAAUAGUUCCACCAUUUCUUGACCCAAAUUUGAAGCUAGAAGAUCUGCCAUACGGUGUUAGUUUUGCAUCAGCAGCUACAGGUUAUGAUGAUCUUACUGCCAAUAUUUCGAAUGUUCUACCAGUAUCCAAACAACUAGAGUAUUUUGAGCAUUACAAGAUUCACAUGAGGAAAUUGUUGGGAGAGAAAAGAGCAGAAUUCAUUAUAAGGAAUGCAUUGUAUGUGAUAAGUAUGGGCACAAAUGAUUUCCUACAAAACUAUUUCUUGGAGGAUACUCGCCCAAAGCAAUACAGCUUGCAGAAGUUUGAGGAAUUCUUGCUCUCCCAAAUGACUAAGGACAUUGAGAUGAUGCAUAGGCUAGGGGCCCAGAGGUUAGUUGUUGUUGGGGUCCUACCACUUGGGUGCAUUCCACUUAUGAUGACCCUUAAGAACACCAACACUUGUGAUACAACUUUGAACAAUGUGGCCCACUCAUUCAAUGCAAAGCUAUCACUGCAAUUGACCCAAUUGAAGGCCCAAUUGGGCAUGAAGACCGCUUAUGUUAAUGUUUUUGGUAUGAUCCAAAACGCAGUAUUGGACCCCAAAAAAUACGGUUUUGUGGAAACUACAAAAGGAUGCUGUGGAACAGGGUUAGUAGAAUAUGGUGAUUCAUGCAGAGGGUUGACUACUUGUUCAGAUCCUGAUCAAUACAUCUUCUGGGAUGCUGUUCAUCCAACCCAGAAGAUGUACAAGAUUAUCGCUGAUGAGGCCAUUGAAUCCAUCGCUAAUGAAAUUGUUUAAUGCAUUUACACCACAACCAAAUAAAUAUAUAAAUAUAUAAUAUGGUUAGUUAGUUGAUUUGGUGUGUGGACAUAUUAAUAUUAUGUGGACAUUAUUUCUUCAAU